CGGCAAGACCGGCCGCAAGACGGAGAGCGCGCGGCAGCCGGGGCCCGUGCUGCGCGCCGCGGGGCGGACCGCGGUCCCCCCGAGGCGGCGCUGGGUCCCGCCAUCCUCGCUGCGGCACCACGAUGUGCCCGACGGCGACGCCAAGCACGACAUCAUCUUCCGGAAGGUGCGCGGCAUACUUAACAAACUAACUCCGGAAAAAUUCCAAAAACUCAGCGAUGAUUUGCUCGGGUUGGAACUGGACUCGGACAAGGUGCUGAAGGGCGUGAUCCUUCUGAUCUUCGAGAAGGCGCUGGACGAGCCCAAGUACUCGUCCAUGUACGCGCAGCUGUGCAAGCGGCUGAGCGAGGAGGCGCCCAACUUCGAGCCGCCCGGCCAGCCCUGCACCUUCAAGCUGCUGCUGCUCAACAAGUGCCGCACUGAGUUCGAGAACAGGGCGCAGGCCUUCGCGGCAUUCGAUGAUAAAACUUUAACGGCCGAAGAGGAAGAGAAGCGGCAUCUCGCCAAGUGCAAGAUGCUCGGCAACAUAAAAUUCAUCGGGGAGCUCGGCAAGCUGGAGAUCCUCGCCGAGUCUAUCCUCCACCGCUGCAUCCAGAACCUGCUCGCGCGGCGCGCGGCCGCCGAGCACCACGAGGACCUGGAGUGCCUCGCGCAGCUCGUGCGCACGUGCGGCCGCGUGCUCGACUCGGAGCGCGGCCGCGGCCUCAUGGACCAGUACUUCGCGCGCAUCGAGACGCUCUCCGCGUCGCGCGAGCUGGCGCCGCGCAUCCGCUUCAUGCUGCGCGACGUGGUGGAGCUGCGGCGCAGCGGCUGGAUGCCGCGCACGGCCGUGUCGGCCGAGGGGCCCGUGCCCAUCCACCAGCUGCGCUCGGACGGGUCCCCGCCGCCGCGGCGCGAGCGCGAGCGCGGCCACGAGCGCGAGCGCGACUCGCUGUUCCGCGGCGGGCUGCGCGCGCGCCCGCUGGACGACGUGCUGGCGGGCCUGUCGCUGCAGCCCGCCGCGCCGCUCGUGCCCUCGUCCGACAAGCUGUUCGGCAACGGCUUCCCGCGCGACGCCUUCCGCCAGCGCUCGGCGCCCGCCUACUUCCCGCGCUCGCACUACAAGCAGGGCGCCAACGGCAAGGAGCGCGGCAGCAAGGCGCGCGUGCCCGUGGCGCCGGGCGGCCUGGAGAACGUGCAGAUGCGCCCGGCGGCCAACUCGCUCAUGUUCACGGCCUCCAACCGCCUCAACAAGCCGCAGCCCCAGCCCAUGCCGCUCGCCCCGCAGGCGCAGAGCGUCCUCCCGGCGUCGUUCGCGAACGCGGCGCCGCUGCUCAAGGAGCCGGCCAUCACCAUCAAGCCGGCGCCCGACAAACGAGACAAGCCCAAGAAGGAUAAGGGCCCGAACAAGGAGGAAGCGUGCCGGCUGGCCGUCGAGGCGGUCGGCGAGCUGGCGGCGCGCGGCGGCGAGGCGGGCGAGGGGGAGGACGGCGAGGCGCUGCGGCGGCUGCGCGAGCUCAACCUGCCCGACAAGCUGCUGCGGCGCGUGAUCGCCGCCGUGCUGGAGCACGCGCUGGCGGGCGAGGGCCGCGCGGCGGCCGCGUGCGCCGUGGUGCGCGGCGUGAAGCGCGCGCCCGUGGGCGACGCGCUGCGGGCGCUGCUGGGCGCCGCGCCCGCGCCGCGCCUGGCGCCGCUGCUGGCGCACGCGGUGGCGGCGCGCCUGCUGCCGCUGGCCGACGUGGGCGCCUGGUGCGAGGGCGGCCACCACCACCCGCUGCUGCUCGAGGUGCUGCAGGCGCUGCGCGACGUGGUCGGCCCCGAGCGCCUGCACCAGCUCUACAACGAGAGCAAGAUCGACCUGUGCGCGUACGUGUCGGAGCGCGGCGGCGCGGAGGGCGCGGCGGGCGGCGGGGGCGGGGCGGGCGCGGACGGCGCCGCGGCGCUGGAGGCGCGCGGGCUGGACGCGCUGGUGCCGCAGCUGCGCGUGCAGGCGCAGCUGGCGCGGCAGCUGGCGCUCGAGCCCACGCCCACCGCGCUGUACCGCUGGAUCAAGACGCACGUGGAGGCGGGCGUGCGCCAGACGGCCUCGUUCGUGUCCACGCUCGUGGCGCUCGUGGCGGAGCAGGUGACGCGCGGCGCGGGCUCGGCGGGCGGCGACAAGGCGGCCGUGGAGCGCGAGAAGGCGCUGCUGGAGAGCUACGCGCCGCUGCUGACGGCGCUGCUGGACCGCCGGCCCGAGCUGCAGCUGGCGGCCGUGUACGCCGUGCAGGUGCACGCGCACGCGCACCGCUACCCGAAGGGCAUGCUGCUGCGCUGGUUCAUGUACCUGUACAACAUGGAGGUCUGCGAGGAGGACGCGUUCCUGCGCUGGCGCGAGGACGUCACCGACGCGUACCCGGGCAAGGGCGAGGCGCUCUUCCAGGUGAACGCGUGGCUGACGUGGCUGCAGCAGCAGGAGUCGGAGGACGAGGAGGCGGAGGACUGAGCCGCAUCACCGCACCGCUUUUCUUUGCGCUCAUCUCAUAUAAAUAUAAUUAAGCCAAAUAGUUUAAUACCAACCUCAUUAGCCUGCGACGCCGACGCUCCGCGCGCUUCGGCGCUCCAGCGUUAAAUAGGUCAAUUUUUAGGUUAUACUAUGUAACAAAAGUUAGUAUCUCGAGAUAAUUUUUUGUAGGCCUUUUACUCGAUUUUGAUACUUUUACAAAUGUAUACAAUGUAUAGUGUUCGUUUGAACGUAUGGUUGCACUCUGGUCUGCCCUCUCCCGCAAUGAGCGUAUUUUAGUUGAAAUUGUAAAGAAUAUUAUCUAAGAUGAAGGACUUAAAUCAAUUUUUAAUUAUAAAUAUCAUCAUUGUUUAUUUUCAAUACUAAAUGAAUGUAGUGAGUAAACUGUAAGAAUGCUUAAAUUUCAUUGUAUUAUCAGAUUAUAGAAUUUUGUAAUAGUUAAAUGGUAACUAUGUGACCGAUUGUUCCCUUGGAAACUGUUGUAUGUUUAUGGAGUGAAUUGUAACAAAGUUGUGAAGUGAUGCCAGGUUAAGUAACAAUGGUCUAUAUAUGUAUUCAGGAUGAGAAUUAAACUUCAGUGUAAUUUAUUA